GUCAAUAUAAGUGCUGUGAAUCCUGAUCAUAAAGAGAGUAAGCAGCAUCGCGUAAUGUUCAAGGGCAAUGUCUUGGAGUGAAUUAGGGGAACGUUCGUUUUCCUCCGGACAUGGAUCAUAUCGACUGAAGGGAAUUGACCGAAUAGACGCCCAGAUGGUCAACAUUCCCGCAUUGCGUAAGUCGAAGGUUAGAGCGGCACCCGACAUGGUGAAUAAAGUUGGAGCUGUCUUGAUUCUCACGUGCCUCGCGAGGUGCCUUCUCGGCGAGUGCUCCGGGACCGCAUCGCAGGACACUUCCAGCGAACGGUGCGCCCCGAGACCGGAAUCUUACAGCAUCGACAACAGGGCGAGCUGCACGUUCACGAGAAUCAUCGACAUCGACUCGCGCCGCAUACCACCGGAAAUAGCUUCCGUGAAGUGUAAGUGUCCGGGAAGCAUCUGCAGCGACGGCGGUGACUUCCGGUGUCACGAGGUCAAGCAGACGGUCAAAGUGUCUUAUCCUAGGAACGGUGCUUGCGGAUCUCGGUCAGCUACUUUGGUGAACAAGACGCUGGAAGUUACGACAGCUUGCGUCUGUGCAUCGAGUCGCUCGCUAAGCGCGGCAGAAGAUGGCUUGUCAAGAACGCUGUUUCAUCCGUCAACCCAUAAAGUUUCAAGAUCUACUUUUGGUAGAUAACCUUGGUACCCAAGCUCACAAAGACGUCUUGAGCUAAAAGCUUUCAUCGUAAAAUACUUCAGCCACCUAUGAUACUCUGCUUAUAAUUAUUGAAGCCACCGGUACAAUGGUAACGCAGUUACGGAAGAACUUUUGUAAAUUUGGUCAAUGACAAGCUUAUCUGUGUUUCUGUGCUGUC